GGUAAAAAUAUUCAACUGAUUUUCAAAAGUCAAAAAACAAAACACAGAAGAAAGGGUUUAUGGAUAAACUGAAAUGCAGUGGUUCUUCUUCAUGUAUGAUCGGAGCUGCUGUUCUACAACGAUACGAGCCGUCUGAUUCAUUCGCUUUUCUUUUGAUUUCUUCACUGCCGUUGGAUCGACUCACGCCCUGGUUGCCCUUCCUUCGCUAAUCUAACUCACAAGACGCGAGAUUUUUAAUUUCUAUAUAAAAAAGAUCAAAUUGUAUGAUUCGAAUUGGAUUGUGAAAUCUCAUUUGGCAAAUAGUCAAGGUAGCUUUGUGACUGGAAUUGGAGGGGAGUGAUAUAGUAUAUGGUAUAACAGCUGUAAUAGCUAUUCCUGUGGCAUUACUCAAGACAAUGCACAAUACGAGAUUAAUAUUUUAUUCACUUUUGUCAUAUAUAAAAUGUCACGGACAGGGGCAAAGUCAUGUGGUUGGGCUGCUUUUGAUGUCAAGCAGCGGCAGAAACAAGGCCUUGAGCCUGAGAUUGACAAGGACCCUUACCCGCCAUUUACCAGCACUCUCAUCCCUCUGUGUACCUGUGAGAGCAUCACAAAAACUAAUGGUCUUCCAAUGAAGCCUUUUGCAUCAGUGCUUCUUCCUUCCGUGGAUUUUCCAACUUUAACAGAAAAUAAAGAUUGCCAGAAAUUUAUACAAACUGGUGAUUCUGAUUCAAGAAGGAAACCUGAUAUUAAGGUAAUUUAUGAAAAUAAUCAUGACUCUAUUCUUAAGCAGCUCAAAUUGCUCUAUCCCUGGGCGGACAGUAGCUUGAUUGAAGAUAUCUUGGUGGCUGCUGAUAAUAACAUUGAGAAGGCCUCAACUUUAUUGAAAGGAAUGGUUUCCAGCAGCAGCAGCGAAGAGAAUAUGGAAACAAGAAUUGCAGAGUUGAGUUCUAUGAGUGAUGACUUUCCAUGUGAAAACAUGACUGAGGAAAGCUCUUUUUUAAGGAAGACUUUAGACCUCACUAACUUAACCUCUACUACGGAGGAUAGUAUCAAAGACAACCACAAAGAACCCACAUAUGCACAAGCCUCUUGUGGGAUAAAGCUUUCUGAUAAUGAUGCUGAUAUGAAAUCAAUUCUGGAGAAGUUGUCUUCUUUGCCGAUUGAACCUGAGUGGGAAGAGGAUGAUGUCUACUUAAUCCAUCGAAAAGAUGCAUUAAAGAUGAUGAGAUCAGCAUCUCAGCACUCCAAGGCAGCCGAUAAUGCCUUUUUAAGAGGUGAUCAUUUUUCUGCUCAGGAGCAUUCACUGAAGGCUCGAAAAGAAUGGUUAAUUGCUGAAAAGCUUAAUUCAAAGGCAGCCAAAGAAAUUCUGAAUAUCAGAAAUAGUGACAAUGACAUGUGGAAAUUAGACUUACAUGGUCUUCAUGCAACGGAAGCUGUUCAAGCCUUGCAAGAACGUCUGCAACAAAUCAAGAUGCCGGUUGAAAUGAAUUGUUCAGUAUCUCCACGUAAAGUUAAGGCAAAGAACGGGGUGGUACAUACUUCAUCACUUGAGUCUUUUAGUUGUAUGGACAUGGAGGAUGAGAAUAAGCAGCAGGCAUCAUGUCGGCAGAUACGAAAACCCUUACAAGUUAUAACAGGUGUAGGGAACCAUAGCCGAGGAGAGGCUGCGCUUCCGACAGCAGUUAGAAGUUUCCUGAGUGAAAACAGAUAUCGUUUUGAGGAGACAAGGCCGGGAGUGAUCACAGUUCGGCCCAAAUUCCAUCACAGGUGAGGUCAGCAAAAUGAAUUUGGCAGAUCAAGAUGAUGACAUCAUUCUUUUUAUCAAAAAGGUUUAUUCCUAGCUGAAGCUUCGCUUCUGUACAUUAUUCUUUUUUAUCUUAGGGAUUUAUUCUUAGCUGAAGCAUCAAGUUCAAUUAUUCCUUUUGUUGCAUAACACC